UGUAAACAGAUCAAUUUAUGUUUAAAAUGAAACGAAAAAUCAUUUAACAGCCGGGCUACUUUUUGAAAAAUUAAAGUCGCCAGAUAAAAAAAAAGCGAUGAACGUGAGGUGACGUGAGAGUGAGAUGUCAAAAAAGAAAACAUUGGAGGUGUGGGAGUAUUCUAUGUCUAUGGAUGUCAAAUAUCAAGGAUGUCAACAAUCAACAUGUCAAAGUGCAUGGAUAGUAAACACAAACACAAAACACAUAAUUCAAAAAAUGAAAUGGAUAGGUACGAAGUUAUUAAAUUACUGGGCGAAGGAUCGUUUGGUCGUGUUUAUAAAGCAAAAGUAAUAGCAGAUUCGUCCUUUGUGGCACUAAAAGUAAUAUGUAAGGCUAGAAGAUCAAAUAAAGAAAUAAUAGGGCUACGUCGAGAAUGCGAAAUUCAACGAAACUUACACCACCCGAAUAUCAUACAGAUGUUAGAUUCUUUUGAAACAGCAAGUGAGAUCGUCGUAGUAACAGAAUUUGCCCAGAAAGAACUAAAUAACCUACUGGGCAAAGAAGGUUAUUUGUCAGAAGAGAGAGCAAGCCCCAUAAUAUGGGACCUAGUUUCAGCUUUAUUUUACUUACAUUCUCAUCGGGUUCUACACAGAGAUUUGAAACCCCAAAACAUUUUAAUAGAUUCAACAAGUCGAGCAAAGUUGUGUGAUUUUGGCUUUGCUCGUAACAUGAGUACUGGUACUCAUGUUUUAACAUCAAUUAAAGGAACACCACUAUACAUGGCACCAGAGCUAAUAGAGGAACAACCGUACGAUUAUAAAGCAGAUUUGUGGUCUUUAGGUUGCAUUAUGUAUGAAUUAUUAGUGGGAGCGCCACCAUUUUGUACUGCUUCGAUAUUGCACUUGAUUAGGUUAAUACGUCAUGAACAGAUACAGUGGCCUACAUUUGUUUCAGAAAAUUGUAUCAGUUUUUUAAAAGGCCUUUUACAGAAAGACCCGGUAAAAAGGAUCACUUGGGAAGAAAUUAAAAAUCAUAGUUUUGUCAAAGGGCAUAUUUUAAUUUGCGGAGACUCAACUAAUAUGCCUUUGACGGGACCUUUGUCUGAGAGUACAUUAGAGGUUAAAGAGCAGCAACGAAAGGAACAGCUGAACAAUCGGAAUAAGUCAAGGUCACUAAAUCAUCAUAGUGGCGAACACGUGAACAUGGCCAAAAUACCUCAAAUGAAUAACGUCAGCGGAAGCAAAAGCAACAAAAGCGAUUCUCAAGAUACAAAAAACAAUAAUAUAAUUUUAAACGAAUUUGGUAAGCUUUCGAUAGAAGACGACCAUAAUUUAGCACGAAACAGCAGUCAGCGUACCGAUAAACCAAAUUUUAUAGAGGAGAAUCAUCCCAUUGAAACAGAAGAAUGGAUAGUAUUUCUUCAAAAAUCUAUGGAAGAAGUGAUGUGUGGAGAUUUGACAUCGUUGACACAACCAAGUUUGACGAACAUAAUUGUAUCACCACUACGCAACACCAAUACAAGUUCGAAAGUUCUGAAUUAUGUUACUAAACUGCUGUCAAUAUCGUUUGUUUUAAAAAGUGUUUCCCAAGAUAGCAAAGACCGUAUAAAGAAGGUUUACCUCGACGUUAAGUUAGUUCCAAAUCUGGUUUAUUCUUCCAAACAAAUAAUGAAAAUUAAGAGUGAAAACAGUUCUAGUUCGUCAGUUUCGCUGCCAAAUACGCCGCUUCCUCAUCGAGAUAUCUACAGAAGCGUUAGCGAUCUGACAGACGUGGAUAUUCAGUCUUUAGAGUACAUCUACACGCUAAUUACUCAUUUGGUACAUCUUGAUAAUGAAUUCUUACUACAGUUGUGUGAUUCACUUGCUGUUUUGAAUGUUUUCGCCAUUUUGAGAUCCUUUUUAAUAGUCUGCAAAAGCAGGGUACAAAUCAUAAUGGAUUUGCUAGCAAUUUUUACUCACAUUUUACGAGUUUUCCCCGAGAACGUUGAACUGAUCGAGAAAAUUAUACUGAAUGAAACUGUUGAAGAUUCUGCAGUUAAUUUCGUCGAAUUACUAAGAUAUAAUCACCCAGUGAUGCAGGAACGAGCCUGUCUCUUUUUACAAUACUUAGGGAAAUAUUUGACCACCAAUAAAAUAGAAACGUUAUGGAAUGAGAUAGUAAGAGAAACUUUAGAAGCGCUGAUGUAUGAUUCCAACGAAAAUGUCAGAAAUGCUGCAGAUAAAACUGUAGAUGAGCUGAAAUAUAAAGAAUUUUAUAAACAGAAAAGCGUAAAUAUUAUUUAAUUUUUUGAGCAUGAUUUUUA